ACACAGCCGGCUUCGAGCGAGAAGGAGCUUCCAGGACAGCGUCGCGCUCGCAGUGGCAUCACUGUGCACCAUUUAUUUUUAGGGAGAAGGCAGAACUAUAGGUGCACAUCACAUCUGCUGCUGAAGGAUACACGGGAAAACAUGGAAGUGGGCGCUGGAGAAAGGCUGCAGGCUGUCAAGGUUGCCGAGCACCACUCUGAUAAUGUCCUGAAAAUGACAAAGCAAAGCAAAGAAGAAAACAGAGCCGCAUACGAAACGCCGGAGACUAAAUAUACCCGAUCUUUGGCCCAAAUGUCUGCCUCAUGUGACAGCCGUUGUGUUGUCCUAAACACGGGGGCUCGUAUGCCCCUUGUGGGUCUGGGAACCUACAAGUUGCGUGGCUCUGAGCAGGUCCACCGGGCUGUGGACGCUGCGCUGGCCGCUGGAUAUCGGGCUUUUGACAGUGCAGCCGUUUACAGUAACGAAGCUGACUUGGGCCGAGCGCUGAAGGAACUGAUGCCCAAGUACUGCUUAACGAGAGAGGAUGUGUUCAUUACCAGUAAACUGGGCCCUAAAGAUCAAGGUGACAGAGCUCUGGAAGGAGCUCUCCACAGCCUGUCUGAGCUGGAUCUGGGUUACAUUGACCUCUACCUGAUCCACUGGCCUGGCACACAGGGUAAAGUAGUGGAUGACAAACGCAACCCAGGUAACCGAGCUCAGAGUUGGGCCACUCUGGAGGAUUUGCAUGCUCAGGGAAAGCUAAAGGCCAUAGGAGUGUCUAAUUACACCCUAGCGCACAUGAAGGAACUGAUACAAAGCUGCAAAGUUCGUCCUGCAGUGCUACAGGUAGAGUUUCACCCUCAACUGUGCCAGACAGAGCUGAGGAGGGUUUGUGCGGAGUAUGGGGUGUGUUUCCAAGCCUAUUCGUCUUUAGGACAAGGAGAUCUGCUCACUGACCCUGUGGUACUAGAGGUGGCAAAGAAAUGCAAACGCACACCCGCACAGACUCUGCUGCGCUGGGCAGUACAGCAGGGGGUCCCAGUCCUCCCCAAGUCUUCGAAUCCGGACAGGAUAAAGGACAACGCAGAGCUUUUUGACUUUAGUCUCACAGACAAUGACAUGGACACACUGUCAGCUUUAGACUGUGAACACAGGUACUGCUGGGAUCCAUCCGGCGUUGCUUGAUAGGUCGGCACGGCAUUUCACUGCUUCGGUUCUUUAGUGCAGACUUGUAACAUUAAGACCAUUUUGUUAUUAAAAUGUAUUAAAUGUAGGUGUCAGCAUUUAAGCGUUGUGGUGUUCAGUGACUUUACUGGGGCAUUCGUUUUUAUAUUUACUGUUAGACUCAUUGUAAUGUUUUUUCUUUGGGUGAUGUAAAGCUGUAUGCAGAGAAUAUUUGGUAUUGGUGAUUAAAAAAAAAAAGCAGCAUUCAAACCAUAUAUAACAUAACGAUUAAACGGCUUCUGUAUAA